ACGAGGCAAGGAGCGCGAGGUAUCGAUAGCUCGCCGGAUCAGUUCAGGACGGGAGAUGCGCGCACGCGUCAGCAAGCCGACAAUGCGUUAGUCGGCUUUUCCCGUCGCGGCUCCACCGAUGCCAAGGCGCCACACGGGGGGCGCUGCCUGUGGACUGCUCGAGGACUCUGCCCCCGGGGGCCGAGACCCCGUCGCGCGGGAGACAUCGAGGACUGCUAGACACCCGGGACUGCCGGAGGAGGUUGCGCGCCAUGCCGUGUCUGUGACCGUCGCGACACCGGGGCUGCCGCGAGGCGAGGGGUCGAUAGUCGCGCGAUGAGUGUCGACGCGGGGUCGAGGGGUCGCGGCGUGCUGCGGCCCGUGGCGCGCAAGCAGCCGGCCGUCGCGUCCAGGCAGCUCAAGUUCGGCGUGGACCGCAUCCUGUCGCCGGACAUCUCGCCGGCGGCGGCGCGGGUUCCUGAGGCCUGGGCCUGUCCGCCGCCCCCGGACCUCGGAUCUGCCCGCGGCGCUGAGCUGCCCUGCGCCGAGUGUGUCGGCUCGCUCCUGCGCUGCUGUCGCCUCAGCAGCGAGCCCUGCUACGCCGGCUACUACGCCACGCUGCACGCGCCUAGGCCGCUACGACCCUUCACCAGCCUGGUGGGGUCGGAGGCCCCCCGCGGCGGGGCGGAGCCACCCGGGCCGGGCGCCAAGAGGAGGCGCUCCUGGUCGCGCGCCGUCUUCUCCAACCUGCAGCGCAAGGGCCUGGAGAAGCGCUUCCAGCUCCAGAAGUACAUCACCAAGCCGGACCGGCGCCAGCUGGCCGCCACGCUGGGCCUCACCGACGCCCAGGUGAAGGUGUGGUUCCAGAACCGCCGCAUGAAGUGGCGGCACAGCAAGGAGGGCAAGCACGCCCCCGCAGACGCGGGGCAGGCGCGCGACGAGGCGGGGCGCCCCGACUCCACCCAGGGCGAGGAGCUCAUCGACGUGCACACCGUGGACAGCUGAGGGGGCAGGGGGUCACCUACACUCGCACGUGCACUGCCGUGAGCGGGGAAAAAAAAACUAUCACAAACGUGAAAAGAUCAAACACACAAAAAUGUGUUUUCCACCAAAUACUGGUCACUAAAGUAAAACCUUGUAAAGAAAAUUCUGAAAUUACAAAAUAUUUA